AAUUUGAGACCAACCUCCACUUCAAAAGAACUGAAAUUGAACCUUGUUCACACUAAAUAUGUCUUGAUUACCACCGGACUACACUUCACUUACGAUCGAUCACUCUUGUUUUUACUCAAAGAAAGGACUUCUUUGUAUGUUGGCUUGCAGGAGCAAGAGAAAGCUUGCAGAUUGGUGGAUUCGUUCGUCGUUCACAUUCUCGACUACUGAUUUAUCAAAUUCACCAUUCGCCCAAUGCAGACGAGAAUCCAGGAACCAAACAAUGCUGCAGUGUACUAUAAGAAGCUCGUCUUGCCCAGAAAUUGCUGUAUUUUUUCAGAAAGGCUUUUCGGAUAUCACCAGGGAGAUCGUAGGAAAAGCGGUGCACGCUGCGUGCUUGAAAGGCAGCUGGAUUCGAUCGAGUAUCUUCCACACCAACACAUUGGUCAAUAUGUAUGCGAGAUUCGGGAAUGUCAGGUAUGCCCGACAAGUGUUCGACACAAUGCCUGAGAGAAACGAAUCUUCUUGGAACAACUUGGUCGCUGGAUAUGUCAAGGCCGGGUUGCAUUUGGAUGCUUUUAGAGUUUUUGUUUCGAUGCAAAGCUCGGGAUUCGGAUUGAAUGGAUAUAAUACCCCUAGUUUAUUAACUGCAGUUGUAAGGUCAGGGAGUAUGUUCUUUGAAGGCAUUCAAAUCCAUGGCUUAGCUUUGAAGAAUGGUUUGAUGUAUGAUGUGUUUGUCGGGACUUCGCUUUUGCAUUUCUACGGUGGUUACGGACAUGUUUUUGAUGCUCAUAUGCUCUUCGAAUUGUUGCCGGAGAGAAAUGUGGUUUCUUGGACCUCUCUGAUGGUUAACUAUUCGGAUGCUGGAUUGUUCGAUGUUGUCGUUGAUUUAUUCCGAAAAAUGAGAUCCGAGGGGGAGGUUUGUAAUCAGAAUACCCUUACUACAGUGAUUAGUUCUUGCGCCGCGCUUGAUGAUGAGUUUUUGGUUCUUCAAGUGCUCGGCGAUGUUAUUAAAUCCGGGCUUGAUACCAAUGUCUCUGUCGCGAAUUCUCUUAUAUCGACGUUUGGUAGUUUCGGCAGAGUGGAAAUCGCCAGAGAUAUAUUUGAUCGAAUGAAUGAGCGUGACACCAUAUCAUGGAACUCGAUGCUCGCAGCGUUCGCUCAUAACGGGCUGUUUGAAGAUACACUCACCUGUUUUCAUUCGAUGCGCCUUGAUCAUCGACAAUUAGACGAAAGCACACUUUCGACGCUGUUAUCUGCGUACGACGAUUCUGAUGAAAAUUCGAGGUCGGGCGGAGGAAUACAUAGUUUGGUGUUGAAAAUGGGAUUGGAAUCCGACAUCUGCGUUUCAAACACUCUUCUCACGAUGUAUUUCAAGACGGGAAGGUAUAAAGAUGCCGAAUUAUUGUUUUAUAACCUUCCGAAGAAGGAUUUGAUCUCGUGGAAUUCGAUGAUGGCCGGAUAUGUUUCGAUGGGCAAGUCGAUGGAUGCUUUGAGUGUGUUCAAACAGCUCAUCUUCAUCGCAAAUUUCGUUUCGUUUGCAAGUGCAUUGUCUGCUUGCGCUAAUGCUGAAUAUCUCGACGAAGGGAAAAGGGUACAUUUGCUCGUAAUAACUUCUGGGCUCGAAGAUGAUCUCGUGGUCGGGAAUGCACUCGUUACUAUGUACUGGAAGUGCGGUGCGACACAAGAAGCUAAAAAAGUAUUUCUGAGUAUGCCGGUAAAAGAAUUGGUCACUUGGAACGCAAUGAUCGGCGCUUACGCAGAAAACGGGGAUGUAGACGAGGCGACGAAAGCUUACAAGAUGAUGAGGGAGACCGGUAUAUAUCCAAACUACAUAACAUUGAUACACGUUCUCGGAUCUUGUUGUUGUCCGCGCAAUCUUGCGAGGUACGGAAUGCCUUUCCACGCGCAUAUCGUGUCAACGGGAUUUGAAUCUGAGGAAUAUGUGACGAACUCUCUUAUCUCGAUGUACGCCAACUGCGGCGAUCUUGAUUCGAGCGAGUCCAUAUUUUUGUCGCUAGUCGACCCGACGCCUGCGACUUGGAAUGCUAUGGUUGCUGCGAAGUCGCAAAACGGUCUGUGGGAGGAGUCAUUGAAGCUUCUUUUGGAUAUGCAACGCGCCGAAGUUGGUUUCGAUCAGUUCAGUCUCUCUGCGGCGCUCUCCGCGUCAGCAAAUUUGACGAUUUUGGAAGACGGGCAGCAUCUUCAUGGAUUGGCAAUCAAACUCGGGUUCGAAAGCUAUCGUUUCAUCGCGAAUGCUGUGAUGGACAUGUACGGGAAAUGCGGAGAACUCGACGAUCUAUUGAAGCUUCUCCCGGGUAAAAAACAUCGAUCCAAAUUAGCGUGGAACGUAUUGAUCUCCGCGUUUGCUAGGCACGGAUACUUCGAGAGAGCAAAAGUUACGUUCAACGAAAUGGUGGCGCACGGCGCGGAGCCAGACCACGUCACGUUCGUCGCAAUUUUAUCCGCUUGUAGCCACGGCGGGCUGGUAGAUGACGGUCUUGCGUAUUUCUCGUCGAUGACGUCCGAGUUUGGCGUGGCAGCUGCUGUAGAACAUUGCGUGUGCAUCGUCGAUCUUCUCGGGCGGUCGGGGAGACUCGCCGAGGCAGAAGAAUUCAUCAAUAAAAUGCCGGUCCUGCCUAACGAUUUUGUGUGGCGAACACUUCUUGCAGCCUGCCGGAUGCACGGAGGACACGUCGAGCUCGGAAAGAAAGCUGCUCGACGGCUUCUCGAAGCAAACCCCUCCGAUGACUCUGCGUACGUUCUGUAUUCGAACUUCUGUGCGACGUCAGGACGAUGGCACGACGUUGAGGGCCUCCGGGUGAGGAUGGAAUCGAACAAUGUUAGGAAGAAGCCGGCCUGUAGUUGGCUUAGCGUGAGGAACAAAAGUAGCACGUUGUGCUGAAGUAUUCUUGCAAUUGUUGACUGAUUGAGUAAUGGUAAGAAUUUAUAAGUUUUAAU